CUGGUGGUGCGGAGGACGUGGUGCAGCUGAUAGAGCUGCCGAUGCCUCCACUGAAGAUGGCGAAUGUUUGGAGUGUGCAGAUGCAACACCAAAGCUGAUAAAGGGGAGGAGGAGAGGAAGGCUGAAAUCUCGUAUCCGAUUAAAGAUCAAGUCUAAAACCACGCAGAUAAUGUCCCGCACCUCUGAAACUGAGGAUGGAUACUUUGUUGCCAUGGAUACCGAGGAAGAUGGAGAGGAGCCAGUUGUGAAAGCGGGAGAAGUAGAUCAAAAGAUGGGGUCCAGCAAUCACGAGAUCGACCCAGAAUGUGGUGCCAAAGGGAGGAGAACAAUGUCGGAACUACCAGAGGAGGUUUUAGAGUACAUCCUGUCCUUCCUCUCACCGUACCAGGAGCACAAGACUGCUGCGCUGGUUUGCAAGCAAUGGUAUCGCCUCAUCAAAGGCGUUGCUCAUCAAUGUUACCAUGGUUUCCUGAGGGCAAUUCAGGAGGGUAACAUUCAGUGGGAAAGUCGUACAUACCCAUAUCCUGGAACACCUAUCACUCAACGUUUCUCACACAGUGCAUGUUAUUAUGACUCCAACCAGUCCAUGUAUGUGUUUGGGGGUUGCACACAGAGUAGCUGCAAUGCUGCCUUCAAUGAUCUGUGGAGACUUGACCUCAACAGCAAAGAGUGGAUUCGUCCUUUAGCCUCAGGCUCAUACCCAUCUCCAAAGGCGGGAGCCACCCUAGUGAUGCACAAAGACCUUCUAGUGCUAUUCGGUGGCUGGACCCGCCCCAGUCCUUACCCGCUCCAUCAGCCAGAGAGGUUCUUUGAUGAAAUCCACACCUACUCGCCCUCUAAAAACUGGUGGAAUUGCAUAGUGACGACCCACGGCCCCCCACCAAUGGCUGGACACUCCUCCUCUGUGAUCGGCAACACCAUGGUGGUGUUUGGGGGCUCGCUAGGAGCACGGCAAAUGAGUAACGAAGUGUGGGUGUUGGAUUUGGAGCAGUGGUCCUGGUCCAAGCCGGCCAUAUCUGGACCCUGCCCGCAUCCCAGAGGAGGCCAGUCUCAAAUUGUCAUCGACAAGGAAACUCUGCUCAUCCUGGGGGGCUGCGGUGGCCCAAACGCGCUCCUGAAGGACGCCUGGCUCCUCCACAUGGGGGUGUCUCCGUGGACCUGGCAGCAGCUGCAGGUGGAGAACGACGACCACGGAGCUCCAGAGCUGUGGUGUCACCCAGCCUGCAGGGUGGGCCAGUGUGUGGUGGUCUUCUCCCAGGCGCCGUCUGGCCGGGCCCCCCUCAGCCCCAGCCUCAACUCCCGGCCCUCCCCCAUAAGUGCCACGCCGGGCCCCCUGGGCAACGAGCCCCCCUCCCUACGCUCCCACUCCCCGGUGCGCAGCGGGGCCGCCGGCCUGGUCCUGGGCACCAUCGAGGAGGCCCCCUGCGUCAACGGGCGCUGGGGGACCCUGAGGCCCCGGCCCUCAGGCCGCGGCAGCACCAGAGACGGGAGCCCGUCCUCCUCCCAGCAGCCUUCCCCGUCGCAGGGGCCCGACAGCCCCCCCCUGCCCCCGCUGCUGAACGGCUCCUCCUCCGCCCGCACCAGCCCAGGCCAGGCCGCCUCCCCGCCGCUCCACCCCCACCUGCCCGCCGCAUCGGACUAUGGCUGGGAGUCCCCCCCCUCCGCCGCGCCCCCCCCAGAGGGGGCCAGCACCAACGGGGUGCACACCCCCCCCAGCGGGUCCCCGUGCACCCCCCCCGGGGCCGUGUCCCCCGCCGCCUUACGACGGGGCCUGGAGGCCGUGAAGAACCUGUCCCCCUCCUCGUCGCCCCUCCUCCAGGCGGGGGGGGUCAACGGGGGCGGGGCCACGGCGCCCCCCUCCGGCACGACGCCGCCGCCGUCGUCGUCCUCCAGUCCCCCGCAGGUCGCCGGGGCCGACGGACACGCCAUCCCGCCGAUCGCGCGCCGCCUGGGCCACCACCCGCCCCAGAGCCUGAACGUGGGCAAGCCGCUGUACCAGUCGCUCAACUGCAAGCCCAUGCAGAUGUACGUCCUGGACGUGUCACGGGCCAAGCCGGUGGCGGUGGUGUCCUGGAGGGUGUACGGCAGCGGGAGCCCCGCGGCGGUCACCGGCCCGCCCGAGACCAGCCUGCACACGGUGGUCCAGGGCCGGGGGGAGCUCAUUAUCUUCGGUGGACUGAUGGACAAGAAGCAGAACGUGAAGUACUACCCGAAAACCAACGCCUUGUACUUUGUGCGCGCUAAAAGGUAGUGCCAGCCCGCAGACAGGCGAGCCAACCACCCCCCCCCCCCCCCCCCACCCCCCCACCCUCUGUGGAAGCACGGGGGGUUAUCGACACACAAGGCCUUUCUCUGUUAUCAAGGAUUAUGAAACCGUACACUAUCAUAAUUAGGUGUUCCAUCUCCGACUCUCUUUAACCCCUUCGGCCCACUGUCACGUUUUAGCGGAACUUAAAUUGACCCACACUUUAAGAUCAACCAUUUUGUUAGAAUGCGUGUUCCCAUUUGAUUUUGUGUGCACGGGAGUUCGCAGUUUUGUUUUUUUUCCUUACGAGCGGAGCCCACAGUGGUACGAGUGAACAGGACUUGCCCAAAAGACGUUUGUGUCCCGCCCUGCCUCAAAUUCCUAGAGGAAAGGUUAGGCGAAGGAAAACUGGGGAAACCUUGAGGACUACCUUGCUUUUUUAUCACACUUAAAGCCUGCAUUGUUUACAUUGGAAACUUGAGUGUAUGUGUUGUGUGAGCAUGGUGGUUGUUCAAUGUGUAGGGUGCCAUGGCAGGUAAGAGAUGUUGCAUUGUACUAUAAACAUAGUCAAACAAUAAAGGCCUCAAUGUCUUACCUGA